AUUAUUUUUUUUGAACAUAUUUUCGCUAUCGUAUAAAAAAAUGUCUUUAGAUCAACUUUCAUUGAAAAGAAAUGAACGAUUAAAUGAGUUAAGAAAAAUAAAAAAUACAUCAAAAUCAGAUGCUACUAAUUUUGAAAAUGUGUUUUCUAAUGAUGAAAAUUCAGAAAUUGACAAAGAUUUAGGUACUUCUAAUUUGCCCCUUUCAUUUCGUAAUUAUGAUUAUGAAUUACAUGGACCUCGUAUGGGUUUUAAAAAUUCGGCAUUAUGGACAGAAGAAACAGUUGAAUUUGAAGCUCAACGAUUAAAAGAUGAUAUUGAUUCAAACGAAACAAAUAUAACAUUUAAUAGUAAUGAACUUGAUAUUUCUGGUUUAAAGUCUAAUAAGAUAAAUUGUGAUUUGAAAAGAGAAAUGCUAAAAAAAAAUGAUCGUUUAAAAAAAAGAACUGAGUUCGCAAUCUCUAAAUUAAUUCGUGAAAGACUUUUAUCUAUGAAAAAUAUAAUUGAUGAUUCCAAAAUAAAAAGUAUUUCUGAUAUAUAAUCUAUUAAUAUUAUGUUAAAAAUAAAAAUAUUAUUCAAAC